UCCACCCAGAGCGUGACAUCAUCGCUGCGACUCGCACCCCCCCGUGCGUGACGUCAUCGCGUCGGCCCCCACCCCCGCGAGUCACGAGAGACACUCUUAGCAAGAUGGCGGACCCUGGAGUCGCAGCCGCUAGGCCCCGCGUGUCCGCGUGCCAGGCGGAUCAGUACGCGGGGACACGGAGACGUUCGCUACUCGUGGCUGUGGGCCUGCUACUGAGGGAGGCUGGCUUCGACUCCACGUCACGGAGCGCCGUGGAGACGCUGACGGAGAUGAUGCAGAGCUACAUCUCUGAGAUUGGUCGCAGUGCGCGGGCGUUCUGUGAGCACACCGCUAGGACCCAGCCCACCUUGCCUGAUGUCAUCGUCUGCCUCUGUGAAAUGGGGUUUGACGUGGAGGCACUGCCGGACUACGCCAGACACAGCCACUCCUCGUUACCGGCACCCGCGGGCAGCCAUGCUCCCGCCCCAGCCCGCGUCUUGCCGACCGGAGUCCGAAGGAGCCGGCCAGCACACAUCCCUCAGUACUACCCUGAGCUACCGGACCCACACACCUACAUACGCACUCCGACGUAUCGCGAGCCCGUGUCUGGGUACCAGGCGCUACGGGAUCGUGUGUCUGCACGCCGGAGAGAUGUUGAGACGUCUCUCACCAGAUUCGUUGCCAAGACCGGCACCACUCCGCAAAGUCUCUUCGCCGGACACUCGGACACAUUCCCCCUGAUCGCCUGCACCCCGUCACUGCUGCCCUACCUGGGAGCGCUUCUCCCUUCCGAGUUGGAGGGACAGGGGGAGGGGUCGUCCGAGGAAGGGGGGGGCGACGGGGGAGGGGGCCUAGGGGGGACCUCGGAGGACUCUGGGCCGCUGUCUCCCGGAGACAGAGACAGCGGAGACGGAGGAGCGGGGGCUGGUGGGGGCCCCUCCCAGGCGGCCACCCCCCGAGCCCCCGCGGCCCCUCCCCCCCCGCCCCCCCCACGGAGGAGCCCCCCAUAGACAACCCCUACCUGAGACCCGUGGGGACCCCUAGGGGCAAGCGGGGGUCUCGCAAGUGACGCGGGGGGGG